AUGCCUCAGCUGAUCAACCAGGCCGAUAUAACCGCCGCAAGCAUCAUCUGCAACUCGCCGCACCUCGUCGACGCGAUCAUGCGGCACGCCACGGAUCCAACGCUGGCUGUGUGUCUCCGCGUCAACGAGGCGUUCCACGCCGCCGCGGGGAAGGCACUGUACCAUACCGUGCGAGUCGACGGGGUCAACAUGUUUGACGUCUUCCGCGGAGCCCUCGUCGGGAAGGAUUGGAGCGAUGACACGGAGGAGCAGGACUGGGAGGUUGUUCGGGCGAGGAAGGCGAUCAUGGAUUCGAUGAAAUCGCCGCCCCCACACCGCAACUUCAAGGCACCACUGCUCAACUACACGCGCGUCCUCUCACUUGGGUCGCACGAAUACGCCGACUGUUGCGGAUACGACCCUCACAUUGCCAGCCUCCUGCCCAACGUCCACACGCUGCGCAUUGUCCCCAGAAUGGACUACCUCGAUCGUCCCCUCUGGAAGCUGGACUGGCUAUGCGAUGCCGGGGGGGCGACAUACGUCAUCUUCUGGAACCUUGCACCGCGCAAGAUUGUCCUCCGAAACAUGAAUGAGAGGAGCUGGCAUCGACUCGGCUGGCCGGGCGCGUGCUUUGACGACUGGAACACCGAGCAACUAGAAGAGGUGGUCUGGGUCAUGCACUCCAGUGGGGACCACUACAACUCUGGAGAUAUCCCUGAACUGCUAGACGAGGGACCGGAGGGGUAUUUCAACAACGACAAGGUGGCCAGAGUCAAGGUUACCUUCCAUGACGAAUGGGAGACGUGGGAUCCCCCGCGUGUCAACAAAAACGAGAAGAACGAGAAGCCCGCCAAGGAGCGUGGGCACCACUUUGCAGACAACAUCAUCUUCACUGUUGGCGACCUGUGCUGGAACUCCGACAUCCACAACACGGUCUACGGCCUCGAGGAUCUUCAGUUUAAGCCCGGGGCGGACUGGCUGGAGGCCCACUUCACAACCUUCUUUCCCCACGUGCGCCUCACUAGCGACCGCCUCCGUGAACUUGUGCGCGACGAACUGCGCUCCGGCGCCCUGCGCGCCACGGUCAACACCGACAGGUACGAGGACAACGGCAAGCCGGAGUGCAUCGAGUACAAGACGCUCGCUGAGUACCACGCUCAACCGGAGUCGGCGCGCCUGUACGAGCUCGACGACGGACUCGAGUGGUACUCGGUGUAG